CCCAUUGCCUCUCCGUCAUCCGUCAUUCGUCAUCAGUCAUCAGUUAUCAGCGCCUUCUUCAAUCAUGGAUAAUCAGAAGGAUACAAAGCCAGAUUCGCACUACAAAAUUGUCAAAGACGGUUGGGGUAGCCGCACCAACUUCCAAUACUCUCACGGCUUGAAAAUGGACCCAGAGGGUUUAGAGGAAGGCAAAGCUAUUUUGAACGCUUACCAGAAGCUGGACGCUAUGGAGAAAGCAGACAAAGGGCCAGAAAAUCGUCGCAAGUGAUAAGCUGUUGAUUUGUGGGAGCAAGGGUUGAAAUAUGUGAAGCUCCAAAACCGGCGAAGCCUAGGACUGUGCUGCCACUGUAGAGAAACCAGAAUACGACUUACCUGAAGAUGCUCGCGGACAUUACAGUAAGGCAUUUACUACACAGGAAUUGAGAAUUGCAGUUGCAGAGUCUCGGUUCAGCGAGCUACAGACACUUUCGAAGCCAGUCUUGUCUAUGUUGAAUCCUGCAGACAGUGCUAUACGAAAUGUCUGUCCUUGUGAUCUCCAUAUAGUGUACAAACACGGACAUGAGGUGAGGGUGCUGAGUCGUUAUUGACCUUGAUAUCAUACUGUCA